CCGGGAGUCACGUGGGUCUAGUGACCGGAUUACCGCGCCGCUGGUGUCUGGUAUAAAGAGAUUAGUCGGGGAGAUACACGUUAAUCAAGUGAUAACAGGCUCGGCUGUCUGUCCGAAGGUUGUCUGACCAAAGCUUGUCUGUACGUCUGCUACACUUUUGUCUGUCCAUCACUGGCGACCCGUGUUUGACCCAUCACUGGCGACCCGUGUUUCUGAGCGCUGAAAGACCGGCCAUAAGGACCAGAUCUCUGACCCGUGCUUGUGUGACCCUUGUUAGUGCAACCCAGCGUCCAUGCGUAAACUCACAAGGGCAACCUUGACCUUUAUGUCAGCUGUUGCAGCGUACCUCACGUGCGUGUGUCAUGGCACUAGUUACCCAAAGUUAUAUACCCUUGACAACAGCUGCGGGUCCAGCAUCCUGGUGGAGGGUGAGGCUCGGAUCGUGUUGACCAACGACAGCCACCUGCACACCCAGGUGUGUGCCGUGUCACUGUGGCCCAGCCACGGCAGCCGUCUGAUAGCCAGCGUCAGCAGCUACCACCUGAGUCACGCCUACACCACCCCGUCCUGUCUGCACACGUCCAUCCAGCUGGGGUCCCAGCACGACCCCCAGCUCUGGGGACCGUUCGGCUACUGUAAACACGACGGACCCUCGGGGAAAUACAGCCUGGGUACCCGGGGCGCCUUCAGCUACAAGACCGACCCUAGUGAGGACAUUGUCGUGGGGGACAUUGAGCUGUUGGUAACGGAGGUCUUUGAGAGGGACCAAACGGGACACUGUCAGAGUCACCAAUUUGACUGCCAGCGUGACUCCAUCUGUAUCGACGAGUCACUGACCUGUAACGGGUUCGAUGACUGCGGUAACGAGCGGGACGAGCAGCUCAGCUGUAACAAGUCCCUGGCAUUCAUUGGUGGCAUCGUCGUAGCUGCGGUGGUCGGCGUCGUGCUUGUGGUCGUGUUGGUGCUGGUCAUCUGCAGGCAGAGGUUAAAAAACAGAUACGUCCACCUGACGGAACUUUAACGGAACAAUCUCGUGUUUAUGACAGCCAUUGAUUGGCUGAUAUUUACAGUUGUACAGUGUAUAGAAGUAAUUGUGUGAAUAAAAUGUGAUUCCAAUUGAAAAUAUGUCGGCUAGAUUUGUUUGAG